UCUGUAUUGUAUCAUCAAUCAGUCCGUAAUCAGUUCAUUCACUUAUUUUACUAAUUUCGGCAGCUGCAAGCUGUAACCAUUAUUUAUAAUUCAAACCUCAGCGAUUUUUCAGGAAAAUAAUAGUGUCAUUCGUCUUUUAACGUUCCAUGUGUUGUAAAUUACCGCCGAAGAUAAUGUCUGAGAUAGUGUAAUAGUGGCUGGUCAGUGCAGUAUUAUCAGGUGGAACUUUUCUUCGAAGGAAACUGAACAAUUAUUCUUGUAUUGUAUCAGGUUGAUUAAGACAAGAUGACGCCUCAGUUAGAAGAACAAGAGAAGUUGCUCGAGGAGGCAAUGACGAAUGUUCGAUUUCAGGCGCAUCAGAUGAAAAUGAGUCUUGACAAACAGAAGCUCAUGGAUGGCUUGAAACAUGCGUCCAGUAUGCUCAGUGAACUUCGCACAUCAUUACUCUCUCCCAAGAGUUAUUACGAGCUUUAUAUGACCAUAACUGAUGAACUGCGGUACCUCGAAAGCUACCUGUUGGAGGAAUUCCGGAAGGAGCAGAAAGAUCGCAAAAUCCCAGACCUCUACGAAAUAGUUCAAUAUGCUGGGAAUAUAGUUCCAAGGCUGUAUUUGUUAAUCACUGUUGGCCUAGUCCACAUUCAGACAAACUCAUCUUCGAAGAAGGAUUUAAUGAAGGAUCUGGUAGAAAUGUGUCGAGGUGUACAGCAUCCACUGCGCGGAUUGUUCCUACGAAAUUACCUGUUGCAGUGCAUGCGCAAUGUCCUCCCGGAUACUCCUGAUGACCCCAACGCUGCGGAGACCCCUGAAGGAACUGUCAGAGACUCUAUUGAUUUUGUACUGAUGAAUUUUGCUGAGAUGAACAAGCUCUGGGUUCGUAUGCAACACCAGGGACACUCGAGAGAGCGUGAAAGACGCGAACAAGAGCGGGAGGAGCUAAAGAUUUUAGUUGGAACCAACCUUGUUCGGUUAUCACAAUUAGACUCAGUCAGUCUAGACUUGUAUAAGAAGUUGGUUCUGCCGGGAAUUUUAGAGCAAGUUGUCAGCUGUAGGGAUGCAAUAGCACAAGAAUAUUUAAUGGAAUGCAUAAUUCAGGUCUUCCCUGAUGAAUUACAUCUAGCAACGUUGAGUGCAUUUUUGAAAUCGUGUUCAGAACUUCAAGCAGGAGUUAAUGUGAAAAAUGUUAUAAUAUCACUAAUGAAUCGACUAGCCACCUUCACGCAGAAAAACCCAUCACCAGAAACUGCUCAGCUCUUUGACAUAUUUUCAGAUCAAAUUGCAUCUAUCAUCCAAUGUCGGCAUGAAAUGUUAGUUGAGGACAUGGUCUCUCUAGAAGUUUCUCUCCUUGAUCUAGCCUUGAAAUGCUAUCCAGAUCGAAUUGACUAUGUGGACAAAGUUAUGGAAUCAACUGUGGCUAUCUUUGAGAAGCUCAGCUUAGACAGGAUUGAAUACUAUAGUGCAACGUCCCGUGAGUUGACACGCCUUAUGAAAAUCCCCAUCGACGAAUAUAAUGAUGUAUUGCGAGUCCUGGAGCUGGAGCACUACAUUCGUCUGCUUGUGUGCUUCGACUAUCAAGGGCGCAGUGCGAUUGCAUCGGCACUUGUAAACAGUGCGCUAGAAAACGGAACUUUGAUCUCAACGCCGGAACAGGUCGAUGCGAUCCUGUCGAUGAUUUCGCCAAUGGUUACGGACCAAGAAGAUCAGCCUUCAGCAGAUCCUGACCCCGAAGACUUUGCUGAAGAGCAAGGCCAACUUGGGCGUUUUAUUCACCAUCUAAAGUCUGAGAAUCCAGACCAACAGUAUUUAAUUCUGAGCGCAGCACGGAAGCAUUUUGGCAGAGGCGGCCCUAAACGAAUCAAGCAUACCCUCCCCUCGAUAGUGUUCCAGGCAUACCAGCUAGCAUUCACAUACUCUGCCAUCCGAGAAUUGGAUCCCAAUUGGGAGAAGAAGUGCAUUAAAAUAUUUCAAUUCUGCCACCAGACUAUCACAGCACUUGUCAAAGCAGAGUAUUAUGAGCUGCCCUUGAGGCUUUUCCUUCAGGGUGCACUUGCGAUCAAUAAUAUAGAUUUCAAUGGCUACGAAAAUGUUGCAUAUGAAUUUUUCUCUCAGGCCUUCUCGCUGUACGAAGAGGACAUUUCAGAAUCCAAAGCUCAGUUAGUGGCUCUGACGCUUAUAAUCGGUGUUUUUGAACGCCUGAGCUGUUUCAGUGCUGAAAACGCAGAACCAAUCUGUACCCAAUGUGCAUUAGCCGCAUCAAAACUUUUAAAGAAACCCGAUCAAGCCCGAGCGGUGGCUGUUUCUGCACAUCUGUUUUGGUCAGGCAAAACAAACGACGGAAAGGAGAUGCUCAAUGGACCAAAAGUUGUCGAGUGUCUGAAAAAAGUUGCACGAAUUGUGAGCCAUUGCAUGGACCUUUCAGUUCAAGUCCAGCUCUACACGGAGCUGCUGAACUCAUACAUUUAUUUUUACGAGAAAGGUAACGAUGCAAUCACUGUAGAUCUACUAAAUGAUCUCAUUGGGAAAAUUCGCUCUGAGCUACCAAACCUAGAGAACAGUGAUGAAACAGAUCAGAUUAUAAGUCACUUCAAUAACUCAUUAGAGCAUUUACGAAAUCGUGUAGAGUGCCCUGAAUCUGAAGGCAUCUCAUAUAAAGGUCUUAAUUUAAAUUUUUUCGGCCUUAAGUAGUAAGGAGGACUCAUGUCUCCGACUGAUGCCUGUUUUUCUUGUAUGUAUGUAAAUGUCUCUUUCAUGAGAUUUUAAUGUCGAAAAUCUUUUCUUCGAUCAGUAGCCAAAAGAAUGUUUUCGAAUGUAACCUCCAUACUCACCCCAGGAGAGCAAUUUCAAAUUAGAUAAAUGCCCUCUUGGAUUUUUAGGAAAACUUCAGUUGCUCAGGUUUUUAAAGAAAAACAUAUUCCUCUGCGUGUUUGUUUCAAGAAAAUUUUUCUUACAGGCUUACAACAUUCAGAGAAUUAUACUAUUUUUAUUCUAAGACCAUUCAUCGCUAGUUUUCAAGAUUUGAAAUUAUCAAUUGUUGUUGUUGAGCCUUUAAAUCAGGCCUUAAUAUCUAAGCCUGUAAUCAAAGCUGUAAAAUUGAUUUUAAGGUAAAUUUUUCUUUAUUUAAAAUCUCCUUUGAAUGAACUAAGAGAUAUUUUAAUGUGCAUACCGAGCACUCAAAGAUAUUUUUAGUUGAGUAAGUAUGAUGAGCUCCAUAGACUCCUGCCUGAAGAAAACGCACAUGCUCGUGUAGAACCCUAAUGAAAGUAAUAUCUGCAGAACAUUCAUUGAAAAAAAGUGAAGAAAAUUGAAACAGAUCACCCCUAGUUCGUAAAUUUUUAACUGAUGUUUAUCCUGUGAACAUUACAGAGCAAAGACUGAGUGUUAUGUUCGGUGAAGUUGAUCCUAUCAAAUUUGCUACAGGGAUUUCUGGAUUACAUUUUGCAAUAAGGAACCACUAGCUCUGGCUUUUCCAUAAAAGCUUAUUUCUGCUUAGGGAAACCAAUUGCAUAUAUGUUGUUUCUAAAAUGAGCCAGAAAUGAUGGUUCCCUAUUGCAAAAUGUAGUCCAUCUGAUACACCCACCAAAAAUAGUAAUAGGCAACAAUAUUCGGUGAUAAGUCUUCAGUAGAUACAGGAGGUGUUGCUAAGUAAUUUAUACAUAAAGAGCA